AUGGAAGCAAUUGAGGAGGCGUUCCAAUUCUACGACACGAAAGGUGAUUCAAAAAUUGCUGCUUGGCAGAUCGGUUACUGUCUUCGUUCAUUGAAUCUCGUUCCAACCGAAGGUCUUAUUGAACGUAUGACACAACAAUGGAAAGACCAACCAGAAGCUCGCGUAUCGAUUGAAGAAUUCACGCCGAUCUAUAAAAAUGUGCAGAAAGAAGCUGGGAAAGCGCCCACAUCUGAACAAUUCCAAACUCUUCUCGCUCAUUUUGAUCGUGAUGGAAACGGUGCUGUGAUGUUACCAGAUCUCCGUUAUAUGCUUCAGAAUUCAGGUGAACGACUAUCCGGACGAGAAGUGGACAUACUUCUAAGCAACAUGGAAAUUGUGGACGGGAAGGUGCCAAUUAAUGAUUUCGUACGCAUGAUUAUGUCGUAA